GUGGUGGUGCAGAGGCCGCUGCGGUUCAUAAUCAUCAACAACGCUCAUGAAUCACAGAUUCGCUGCAUGAAGUGGUCGCAUAAUGAAGAGUGGCUCCUUACAGCAGAUCAUUCCGGCUACGUCAAGUACUGGCAGGCUAAUAUGAACAAUGUGGAGAUGUAUCAAGCUCACAAAGAACCGAUACGCGGCGUCAGAAAUCCGGUGACUCAUUUGACUGAACUUGCUCAUUUUUUGCAUGCCCCGUGGCUUUGUUACACGAAGUUGCGUUUAGUUGCUUUGACUGCUCUGUACUCUACGGCUGCCGACUGGUUCAGCCUAAAAUACAGCGGUUCUUCUGAAUUCUUAAGCACAAUAAAGAUCUUAUCUCUUGUUUCUGCAUGGGGUAUCCUUUCUGUUCAACAAUGUUUGGAGUCGAAUACCUCCAACAAUGUCAACCUCCAAUUGUUGACCCGUUUCUGCCCUUUCGACAAUAAAUUCGUUACCUGCAGUGAUGACUCCACUGUUCGUAUAUGGGAUUUUCAUCGCUGUGCGGAGGAACGUGUUCUUCGAGGCCAUGGGUCCGACGUGCGGAGUGUGGCGUGGCAUCCCACAUUAUCACUUAUCAUUUCGGGUAGCAAAGAUGCACAACAACCGAUCAAGCUCUGGGACCCAAAAACGGGCGAAUCUGUGACAACCAUGUACAUUCACAAGAACACAUGCACUGAUGUAGCAUGGAACGACAAUGGCAACUGGUUCCUCACAGCUUCAAGAGAUCACCUCAUCAAGUUGUUCGAUCUAAGGAACUUGAAGGCCGAACUGCAAACUUUUCGAGGACACAAGCGGGACGUAAUGCGGGUCGCGUGGCACCCUUUCCACGAGUGCCUUUUUGCCAGUGGAAGCGCUGAUGGCUCUAUCUUUUACUGGUUGGCAGGAACGGACACGGAACUGGGUGCUGUUGAGAAUGCACACGAAAGCAUGAUAUGGAGUCUUGCUUGGCAUCCAUUGGGUCAUAUAUUGGUAUCUGGUGCGAAUGACUUUGCUACAAAGUUUUGGACACGGAAUCGUCCAGGUGAUAUGUUAAAGGAGACCGCCAGUAGUGCAGCAACAGAGAGUCUUCUGCAGGCUGUCAAUCAUGGAGUCAAUGAUACUGAGACAGCGGAUCAUUUGAGUCUAACUAAUGACCUAUUGAAAGCCUUAGCAGAUUCCACUUUGCAAAACGGCAUCAUUGACAUUACUGAAGAGAAGGCCUUUGUAAACAACCCGGACGAUAUUUCGGCCGUUGAGAUACCCGGUAUCAACGAGGGAAGUGUGACGGACUUGAACCUAACUGACUUUGGGGACGAUUCUGAUGAACGUGACCGGAACAAAAUGCGCAACACCCGAACCAUACCCAAGGAGUUUGCUGCCAACUGGGCCAGCACCCGUAUCACGGCGAUGCCGACUGUAAUGAUGCCAGCUCCCAGUCCCACGCAGCUUGCGGCCGCAGCAGUUGCCGCAGCUGCUGCGGUCACGGACUUUGCUACACCGCCACAAUACUUGCCCCCGGUCAAACCCACCAUACCAGCCGUCCACAAGGACAGCGACAACACCCAAGCAUCCGCUCGUACUGACUCCAUAGCUGAUCGUAGACAGAAGUUUCCAGGAGAUCAUACUGCUGACAAUCAAGGUGUAGUUACCCGUUCUGUGAGACCGAUGAAUUACUUGGGCCAACCUCCAGAACCUGUGGAGCCAAUUGUCCUUCCACGAGAACCAGAACGUCCACCUCCGAUUGGACCUCGACCGGAAAUCAGGGAUGCUCCCGCACCGUAUGAAAAUGAGCGGUUUGACAAUCCGCAUCAUCCAAUGGAAAUGCGUGGUCAUGGGCCACCACGUGAAGCGAUCCCUCUCGAUCAUCCCCGACCGAUCCCGCACGCAACGGAACCGAACGUACCCUACGGCCAUCAACGAUCCAGUCGGUUUCCCCCAGACGAACGAUCUCGUCACUUUCCGGGACCUCGUGAAAGAGAAUGGUCCAAAGGUGAUGAUGGUCGGUUUUCGGUGUAUCAUCCUCCUGGUCCUCCUCCUCCAAGAAGACAGCCACCACUUCCACCACCUCCAUCGGAGAGAUAUCCACUUGCUCGUGACCAUUUUCACCCUGAACCUGGGAUGCAUCCACCAAACUACUUUCCCCCAACCAAGCGACCCCCUCCACCUGGCCCACUACCGCCAGAUAAUCGACCUAAAUACUCGCGUCAGGAUGGUCCUUGGGGUGGGCGUACUCAGUGGUAG